AUGACAGAUAGACUGACCCAGCUGCAGCAAUGCCUAGGACAGAUAGUUGAACAAUUUGGGUCUGCGGUUAAUUACGUUGACCGUAACCAUGACUUCGAACCUCAUAAUGAACUUGAAGAUAAACUCACGGACCCGCAGGCCACCAUUGCCUCUCCAGAUGACUUUGAAAGAAAUAUUGACGAACUAACUACUGAUAUGAUACUAAAAACAAGACAGAUUAUCAAGCUUAUAGAUUCAUUACCUGGAUUCGAUGUCUCUGCUGAGGAACAGCUUCAUAGAAUUGAUGUGUUACAGGGCCAGCUAAUGAAAGUUGAGGAAGAGAAGAUAGAGGCUGUCAAAAGAAAAGGAAGACUAUUGAAGGCGGUGGACGGGCUAAUAAAAGAAUUUGUAGAGGGUAUUGCGAGUUCUAGGAGGCCUGGGAACCCAUAG